AUGAUUUUGACACUUUUUUAUAUGAUAGCAACAUCAAUUCAGUCAAGAAGAAUUUUAUUUUUAAAAACUCAUUUAAGCAGUUUAUUCCAAGGAAACACAAAUAUUUAUCCGUCAAUAAUGUUUUAUAAUAAAACAGUAGGUUCAUGUAAAGAAUCAAAAUCUACUAUGAAUGAUCAUGAAAAUGAUGAAUUUAUGACUUCUUGUCUAUGUGUGAAUAAAACUGAUGCUAGACUAGAAGAAUUACUAUGGUAUUAUGGUGAUAUGAGAUUAUGCACUAUAUUUCCUCAACAAAAAGUUGACAUCUCAAGUUGGUUAACGUAUCAGUAUGGCAAAACAUUUUUUCCUUUACAUAUAAAUAACCGUAAUGGAAAUUUAUUACAAUCAGAGUACAAACUUUAUAUACUUGUUGAAGCUGAUCUUGAAAGCUAUAAUCCUCUUGCUGCAACACAUGCUACAAAGGUUGAGGAUUAUGGUUUAAUUAUUACGUGGACGGCAAAUAAAAAUAUUGAUUUAAUUAUAGAAUCUGAUUUAGAUAUGGUUGCAAAAUUUUUUAUUGCAGCAAUGGAAGGUCAAUGUUAUGUUAAUAAUGGCUUAUUAUUGAAACGAAUAGAAACUGUCCUGAUAUCAGGAAAGCCUUGCCUUUACAAUAGUGAUAUCUUGAAUUCAACUCCAACUAAAAAAUUUAUAGAUAAAAUUGAAUGGGAAACGCACACGGAAAAAUUAAAAUCAUUAAGUAACACUGCCAGAAUUGCAUCCGAAAAAUGUAAAUCACUCGAAGUUAAGGAAUUUCCAGGUUUAAUAGUAUAUCCGGAAAAUAUUCUAGAUGCAGAAAUUGAACUUGUGAAACGGGUAGAAUCAAAUGAAACGCUAGAAAUUGAAAGUAGAAGUCAAGUUUCUACACCAGUUUCAAUAAAUAUUCCUCAACAUGAGAUUCAAUUAUCAGAAGAUGAAAUACAAAAAAUUACGGAAGAUAUUGAAUUUCAAGGUGUUCCGCAUUCUGCUAGUAAAUCACUUGAUGUGCUUGAUAAUUUAGAAGAUGAAUCUAAAGCUAUAAGAUACAGACAAGUAUCUUGUAGUGAUAUAAAAAGUACAAGUAAAUCUUUUCAUGAUGCUAAGGAUAGUAAAAUAAUAGCAUCAACUAGUCCUUUUAAAAAUUCUAUGGCGGAAAUAACAACGAAGUUAUCAAAUAAAAAUGUAAAACCAAAUGUUUUAAUAUAUGCCGAUAGUUUGAUUGCACGUAAUAAUGUAAAAGGCGUAUUAGAAGAAUCUCUUGGCACGGAUAAAUAUACCAUUUAUGCAUUAUCUCCAGAAGAAGCUCGUAAUGAUGCUUGGAUAGAAAAUGCAGCUUUAGUCGUUGUUUGUGGUAAUGUCGGUAAUGAAAUUGGAAGUCAAAUUGUGGAAUAUAUUCUCCAUGGUGGCAAACUUCUUGCUUUAUGUUCCGAUGUAAUUCAUAUUUUACUUCCAUCAUUUAAAACGGCAGAAGUGCGAGAAAAUGAACUUGUUCACUUUUCUUAUGGAAAAUGGAAGCAUAUACGCAUGAUGCAUCAUAUCUUUUGUUAUCAAGCAUCUCCUGUAAGGACGAGAUUUUCCCAGGAUCAUGAAGACGUAAAAAUGUCUAGUGUGUCUCCUCCAGAGUCGAUAGAUGUGAAAGAUAAAAAAGGAAAUUCGCAUUCGUUUGAUCUUAAAGUACUUGGAACAGAAGAAACUUGGCAUACUCCAAGUAUUUUACUUGCGACUCUUCCGGAAAGUGGUGGAAAAGUUGUAUUUUCUCAAAUACAUCUAGAAGUGGAUCCAAUGCAAUAUGAAUUUGAAGAAAGUAAAUUUAAUGCAUUGAAGGGUAAUGCAACUAGAUUAGAAAUAUUCAAUGAUCUGUUAAAAGUACAUCUGGGAAUUGAAUUUCGAAGUACUUUACAAAUUACUCCAUCUGUAAUUUACAAAUCAGCUUUCUUUUUGGGACGACACGAGUUAAAACUAGAAAUGUUGGAAAAAUUAAAGGAUAUAAUGAAAACAAACGAUACUUUAAAAAUGCCUAAGUUGGAAAUUCAGUUUUGUAGGAGUAGUACAAUUCCAAAACCAGCUUCAUCUUCGUUCCUUCCUAUUAUGAUACAUCAGUGUCCUGACAAUUUCUCUACUGUAGAAUAUUUUGAGAAUUUAACUUCAAAGGAAUUAGGACGUUUAGUAAUAUAUGCAGAAGUAAUGACAUCUUCAAUGGAUGUAUUUAAUGGUUAUAAAUUAGGACAUGGUUUAGCAGUUAUUGUUCGUCAGCAAACUCAAGGACGAGGAAGAAGCAAAAAUAUUUGGCUUAGUCCAAAAGGUUCUGCCCUAUUUACCUUGCAACUUCAUGUGCCUACUAAUACAAUACUUGGAAGACGAAUUUCAAUUUUACAACAUUUAAUUUCUGUUGCAAUUAUUUCUGCAUUUAAGUCUUUACCAGGAUAUGAGGAUAUUGAUCUAAGAUUAAAAUGGCCUAACGAUAUUUAUGCCGGUAAUAAUAUAAAAAUAGGAGGAAUGAUUAUAGAGACACAUGUUAUUUCAAAUCUUAAUAUUUGUAAUGUUGGAGUUGGAAUAAAUUUAUUUAAUAAAGAACCUACAUGUUGCAUUAAUGACAUAGUUUGUGCAUUUAAUGAAAUGUAUAAUAAAAAAUUAAAAAUGAUAUCGUAUGAACAGUACUUUGCUAUUGUAUUUAACGAAAUUGAAAGAUGGUUAAAUAUUGUACAAGAUGGUGAUAUAGAUGUUUUUCUGGAUGCAUAUUAUACUUAUUGGAUGCACACCGAUGCAGAUGUAACGGUAUUAUCAAUAACGGGAGUGACACAAAAUGUUAGAAUAUUAGGUAUAGAUGAUUAUGGAUAUUUACGUGUUCGAGGAGAAGAUGGAACAAUAUUUACUGUACAUCCAGAUGGUAAUACUUUCGAUUGCUUGAAAGGUCUUAUAGCUCCGAAAUAACUAGAUUCAAAUAGAAUAAAGAAUCUCUUAAAUACAUUUUAAUAGUUAAUUGUACACUAUUGUUCUUUUUUAUUUUUAUACAUCAUGUGUAUAUAUUUUAGAUUAUUGUAAAAUGAAUCUUAAUCAAAAAUUAAUUAUUUUAUAUUUAGUUUUAGUUAAUUAUUUAUUAUUUGCUAUGCAGCAAAUAAAAUAUAAGCUAUUGUAUCUUGAUCUAUAUCUUGUUAUUCGAUUUGAUGUAAUAUUUAAUGUUAAAAAAAAAAAUACAAUAAAAAUAUUGUUAAAUAAAA